UUUAUUUGAACGGCUCCCAGGACGUGGAGCACGAUCUCCAAACCGAAUCAAUGGGCAAAGAAAAUCAGUCCACCUCCAGCCGGGAGUUCAAGCUUGUUGGAUUCUCCAACUUCGUCCGGACCAAUCCCAAAUCCGACCGCUUCAACGUCAAACGUUUCCACCACAUAGAGUUCUGGUGCACCGAUGCCACCAACACGGCCCGUCGUUUCUCAUGGGGUCUCGGCAUGCGAUUGCUUGCUAAAUCGGACCUUUCCACCGGGAACUUGACCCACGCUUCUUACCUUCUCCGUUCCGGUGACCUCAACUUUCUCUUCACUGCCCCUUACUCGCCUUCCAUUGCUCAUUCGCAGAACCUUUCUCCUCAAUCCACUGCUUCCAUCCCCACCUUUGACCACGGGGCCUGCUGCUCAUUCGCUUCCUCCCACGGCUUAGCCGUCCGUGCCAUCGCCGUCGAAGUCGAAGACGCCGAAAUCGCCUUUACCACCAGCGUCUCCCACGGUGCCUUACCCUCUUCCCCGCCUAUCCUCCUCGGCAACGACGCGGCCCUCUCCGAAGUCAAACUUUACGGCGACGUGGUUUUGCGUUAUAUCAGUUACAAUAAAAACACCGACAGCCACCACCACGACUUCUUCUUCUUGCCCGGCUUCGAAAAAAUAGAAGACGAUCUUUCUUACCCGUUGGAUUACGGAAUCCGAAGACUCGAUCACGCGGUCGGGAAUGUCCCGGAACUGGGCCCUGCCGUUUCGUACGUUAAAUCUUUCACAGGUUUCCAUGAAUUUGCAGAGUUCACAGCUGAAGAUGUGGGGACAAGCGAAAGUGGGCUAAACUCUGUCGUUUUGGCCAACAACGAUGAAAUGGUAUUGCUUCCAAUGAACGAGCCAGUGUUUGGAACAAAGAGGAAAAGCCAGAUCCAAACCUACCUAGAACACAAUGAAGGAGCUGGGGUUCAGCAUUUGGCGUUGGUAAGUGAAGAUAUAUUCAAGACACUGCGGGAAAUGAGGAAGAGAAGUUUGGUUGGGGGUUUCGAGUUCAUGCCAUCGCCGCCGCCUACUUACUAUAAGAACUUGAAGAACAGGGCAGGGGAUGUUUUGAGUGACGAGCAGAUCAAGGAGUGUGAACAGUUGGGGAUUUUGGUUGAUCGAGAUGAUCAAGGGACUUUGCUUCAGAUUUUUACUAAGCCGGUCGGAGAUAGGCCAACAAUCUUCAUAGAGAUAAUUCAGAGAGUUGGGUGUAUGGUCCAAGAUGAACAAGGAAAGCAAUACCAAAAAGGUGGAUGUGGAGGGUUUGGAAAAGGCAACUUUUCCGAGCUCUUCAAAUCCAUUGAGGAGUACGAGAAGACCCUUGAAGCCAAACAAAUUGCAGGAUCUGCCACUGCAUGAGAAAAAAGAUCCCUCUUAUUGCUGCAUGUUCUUGUGCCAUAAACUAAUGUAGUUGAAUGAGGUACUUACUAAUCAUGGUUAGACCAAUGACAAUGUGAUGAUCAUGGUAUAUGGAAUAAUUUUUUCAGUCUUUGUUGUAAUUGGAUAUAUAGCCAUGCAUAAAAAAAUUUGCUGGAGAAUCCAAAAAUAGUUACAAAAGUUGUUCAUUUAUAGGAAUGAGCAACCUUGAUUUGAUUAUAUUUAUGAAAAUUUGAAUUUGGUUUCGCAUCA